GUAUAGGCACAUACGUAUCGUUGAUUGUAACAAAAAACCAACAUAACAUUAAAAUGCAAUAUAAGGAAUGCUGAUAUCUACAUAGACCUUGCACAAUUCCUUUAUUAUUGCGGUUGGAGUAACGAAUGCUUUACAUCCACAACUAAACAUGGCUGACGCUAGGCUGUGUGUGUUUCUGUUCAUCAUAUUCUUCAACUACCAAAUUAUUCUUGGCAAGCCCUUCCUCGGUCUAAUGUGGUGCGACCUGUUGUGCGAUGACGAUGAUGACGUUAGCACGGUGUCCAGCACCACGCCCGAUGAUGAUGACCUCUGCAGCGGCUGCCCCACUCGAAGACCGCCUAGCGCCGGAGCCGUACCACCUAUAUUCAAUAUGAGAUUGCCUCCCACCAACGGGAUGAACCUCAGUAUGGCGAACUCGAACGGCCAGUGGUCGUUCAACCUCGACGGGCUGUCCAACGGCAUGCCCCCUGGGGGCCAGGCCUCGACCGCGGCCCCCAUGCCCAACGUGGCCCCCAGUUUCGGCAUCUGGAACGGGACGGGGAACAACGCUUCCAUUAUCCCUGUUUUCCCAGCUGGUUCCUUCCCUAACUUCUCUGGGAAGUAGUACGGAAUGAUGAUGAGGGUUUUUGCUUCGUGGUCUUACAGCUGUUUGACU